AUGGAUCGCGCUAUCUUUAUAGAAGAGUUGCGAUCGCUGGAUGCGCUGCCAACCCUGGAGCGGACGGAACGACGGAGUCUUCGCACAAGGCUGCGGAACUUUUUCUCAAAAUCAUACGCGGAAACGCUUGGUCUCCUCAGAAGCUUCAGGUCCAACCAUUCACCGCCUCCGAAAGAUGAGCCUGUCACCGAUUUCCCAGACAGGUCGGCCAGGUUGCACAUCGCAAACAGAGUCAUGAAGCUCGCCGACACGGCCAGAUUCACCGACGACGGUCCUGAAAUGGCGGAGUUGGAGUCUCUCCUCAACUGCGGCAUCCGUGAGAACCUGGAUAUCCUUCACUCCGUGUUAGAGGAGCAACUGCGCAACUGCAAAACUCACCAUGUCCUACGCCUGCGACUGACUGGGUUCCGCCACAAAGAUCACAAUGACUCGAAGACAAAUUUCCAGUUUUGCAUCAAUCCGCGUCACAGUGGUCCCACCUACCAAUACUCAUGGGUGAAAUGCACCGCGAAUUUCCAGUUGCAUUCGUCCACCCCAAGGGCAGAAAAAACGCUCUGCCAGCAAAUCGACAAAGCUGAGAACGACAACAAAUAUCUUCACAUCUCCAUCAAUCCUCAAGGUCGAACACAGCCGAAUAUCAAUAGCGACAGGGCAGACCGAAAUACACCGCAAUGGCCAGAAAAUCACGAUUUGGUCGUCGAGUACGGAGGGUCUACCGCAACGAUGCGAAUGAAGAGCUUGGCCCAGCUUAUAGCGGCUCCCGAAAAUGCAGGGAUUCAUAGCUCGACGCAUGCUACCGUGAAACAGAAACGUCGUUUAUGCUUCAAUAGACGUCGCUUAUGCUUCAAUUUGGCUCUUUCUGCCUUCUUCCUCAAAGUUUCGUCAAGGAAACAAGUUCGAUGGUGUCAGGGAAGCAACCUUGAUGCGAACAUAUACUUUUGUCAAGACCCAGGCCCUCCUUGCCUGCAAGACCAAACACAAGCAUAUCUCUCCUAUCCAAUUGAUCUUGGCUCACCAGAGCCAGAAGCUGAUCGAGACCUGGAAUGCGAUCUGAGAUUACUAGAACUGGGGAAGCUUUUGGUUGAGGUCAGGUUCUGGAGAACCCCAGACAUUGGUGGCGGUGAAGACAUGUCCAUGGAAAAGAUCCGACAGGAGUUGGAGUCGCUCAUAAUUGACCAAGAGUUGAAUGGCUGUGAAAUUUCCUUCGUCAACAUCGUCAAAGCAUGUCUCGAUUCGGCGGGCAAGUUUGCCACGGGAGCGCCUGGCGACCGCGACUUCCUAGAAUACAUGUUCUCCCAAAUUAUCCAGCCACUCGCUGCAUGGGCUGAGAUCGAUAUCGCUGCCGAGGAUUCUGAUGACCGCAUUUUAGCUGUCACUGAGGAACCGCGAAAGCAACUGGAGGAGCUGCCCCAUAGCAGGGUCAGGGGAGUGGACAGUGACGGAGCGAGAUUGUUCAUGCAUAAAAUGCGGGAUUUCACGAAUAACUAUGUGAAUAAACUCUGCAGCAGACCGACGAGCAAGACAUUGCCAGGCCAUCGGAACAACAAGGUCCGCAUAGCUGUAAUCGACAGCGGCGUGUGCAGCAGAGAUUUGGAGAUCCGGCUGUAUAUGAAAAACAAGAGAAUUGCAGAUGUGCGCAACUUCUCCAGCUUGGAUGUUCAUGAUUGGGAAGACAUCCACGGUCAUGGAACAACGGUUGCGAAAAUAGCCUUGGAAGUUGCCCCACAGGCGGACAUCUUUAUCGCAAAGGUAGUGAACUCGCAGGACAUUUCGGACGCCAAUUUAUUCAAUGUGGCCAAGGCAAUUGAUUGGGCGGUUCAAGUUUGGAAAGUAGAUAUUAUCAACUUGUCACUCGCUAUGAAGCUCAAGUUGGAUGAUAUCGAUGAGUCGCUCUCAUAUGCCUUGAUUCCAGGAUCGAAAAUUAUUUUCGCCGCGGCACACGAGAAUGUUGGCCGCAACGAACGCCCAUCUUGGCCCGGUAGUAAAACCGGUGUCAUUGCGAUUCACUCCACUGAUGGCUUGGGGAACCCUCUCCCAACGAAUGCAAGCGUCGGCAAGGAGGAAUACUUUGCCACGUUGGGAAGUGGGAUCCCCGUGAAAGAGGCCUUCUACAAGACGAAGAAUCAUCGAGAUGUCUAUGCGACGGGAGCGUCGUACGCGACACCAAUCGCGGCAGGGAUUGCCGCCAACGUGCUGGAGAUCCUCCGGCAUGAGGCAUCCGAACGGUUUGAUGAUGUGAGGACGUAUUUCUACAAUGGCCGCUACAUCAAAACACUCUUCGAAGAAAUGUCCCAGGAAACCAACGGGUGCCGUUUUGUGCAGCCAUGGACAUUUUGGGAGGCCAUGAGCGACUCCUCAAGGUUUCGUGACAUUGAACUGAAGCCAAACGACGAGAAGAAUAUCAUCAAAGUGUUGGAGCUGUUGGCGGUUUGA